GCUGUGCCUGGAGGGCCCGCCUCCCGACCACGUGUGCGCCUGCGCCUCUUUCCUCCGCUUGGUAGAGGUUUUGUUCUGCGAGCGGAGUGCUUUGGCCUGCCGUUUGGAGCUCGGAGAGGGGCCGUCCAGUGUCGCGUGGCCGCUCAGUUGGCCGCGUCUUCACCCUAUUCCCACCCCAGGUCGGCUCAGUUCCCGGCCGGGCUCCAGGUGCCAUGGCUCCCGGCGGGAGGAAGCGGAAGGCCGAGGCGGCGGGGGUCGCGGUGGCCGAGAAGCGGGAGAAGCUGGCUGGCGGCCAGAAGGGAGUGGAGGUGGCGACCGUCGUUAUCGAGCAUUGCACGAGUUGACGCGUCUACGGGCGCAACGCUGCGGCCCUGAGCCAGGCGCUGCGCCUGGAGGCCCCGGAGCUUCCAGUGGAGGUGAACCCUGCCAAGCCCCGGAGGGGCAGCUUCGAGGUGACGCUGCUGCGCCCGGACGGCAGCAGUGCGGAGCUCUGGACUGGGAUUAAGAAGGGGCCCCCACGCAAACUCAAGUUCCCUGACCCGCAGGAGGUGGUGGAGGAGCUGAAGAAGCACCUUUCGUAGGGAGGUUGGGCAGCACGCCUCAAGCUGAGCCAUCGUACCUGGUGAUGUUGGAGCAUUUAUGAUGGGACAUGGCUAAACUUCAGUCAUGUGCCUGAAGCUAUGGUUUCUUCUCCAGAAAUGAUGGUUAAGUUGUGAGGCAACCCUCUAGUAAGGCAUUGAAAAGUUUUUGGAUUUGAUUUGUUUAAUAAAAGUUGAAAUAAAGUAUUUGUGUAAUAAA